UUGCCAGAGCCGAGGGGGGGCUGAAGCCCCCGCUAGCCCCCCCUUGGUUUCGUCCCUGCCAACACGUAGAUAAAGACUGAUUUAUAUAUCUGGGGAGGAGAGCCAUUUUUACCCCUGGGAACAAGAUCAUGGUUAGGGCUUCGUCCUCGCUCUCCAAUGGCUUCUCUCCCUUCCAUCUCCUCACCCUCUCCCUCUCCUCCUCCCCACCUCUCUCCAUCGAUGUCGAAACCCUCUGCUGGAAGCUGUCCCGGCGGUACCGUGUCGCUUGCCUCCCCUACUCUUCUCAGAUCCUCAUUGUAUACCAGCUAUCUCAGUCUCAUUCCGUUGCCGGAGUUGUUCGGGAGCUCACUGAUGCUUUUCCUGCUUCCAAUGUUGUGGAUAAAGAGGAGGUGGGAAUUUCAUCUUCAAUCGUGACCAGAGCAAUUGAAUGUGGGUUGAGGUGUGCUAUGCUUGAGAAUGGCUGGAGUUGUGUGGGCGAGAACUCAUUUGUUUGCUCGAGUUUUGAUGCUUCUGAGGAGGGGAAACAUGUGUGUGCUGUUAAUGUGAAUAUACAACCUGAAACUGAUGAUGAUUACAUCUUUAUUGUCUCACCUGAUGUAAUUCGCUUCAGUAGACACAAGGUCUCAAGUUUAGUUGGGUCCAAGCUGUUGCAGAAGUUUAAUGAUGGUGAGGAAGUUAUUCUGGAGGAGUAUAAUUUCUCAACAUCUUGCACAACACUUCCUUCUCUUCACGAAGGAUAUGUGAUGGGACUGAGCAAACAACAACCUCUAGCAGAGAACUUUGAAAGAUUUGCAGAUUACUGUACAAAUAAGCAUGGCCUUUCCUUAGCAAGUGAUUUCUUUAUCUUUGUUUGGCUUACCUGUGGUGGCUCAAAUGGACAAUGGUUGCCAUCCACUUUUGUCCUCCAAGGUUCAGGGUUGGCUCCAACUCCGCAAAGAAUUAGAUCUUCCAUGGCUAUUAUGGCUUUGGAAUCUUUCAUGAAUAUACUUGGAGCAUGGAAUUUUUUUGACCAGGGUUUUCUGAGACUCAGCUUAAAGGAAUCAUCUUCACUUGCUGUUGGUAACAUGUUGCCAAUCUGGCAGAAGGCUACAAGUAAUAUUAAGAAUGAUAUGGCAGAAAAUGGUGAUAUCCUAAAUGAUCAAGAAAAUUUAAUAAAGUUGGCUAGAGACAUGUUUUUGGCUCUGGACUUUCACACCCCAAAGCCACCGAUGGGAAGUGCGCCAGGUAGCAUGGCGUUGGAAUUCACUGAAUUGUAUGAAAAAGCUACCACAUCAAGCACAAAUGUUCAAGGAAACACUACAAAGUGUGUCCAUGGUGGUAUCCCAAACCCGCCUACGGGAAGCAUGUCACUCGGCAUGUUACCAAAGUUCAUUGAAAGGCACAAAAAAGCCGCCACAUUGAACACAAAAGUAGGAAACACUAUUAAUUGUGUCCAUUGUGAUAACCCAAAACCAUCUCUGGGAAGUACGUCACUCAACAUUGCAUUGGAGUUCACUGAAACACACAUAAAAGCUAUCACAUCAAGUAAUAAAGUUCUUGGAAACACUAUUAAGUGUGCCCAAAUUGUUAUGCCAAAGCCUCCUAGUGAAAGUGCAUCACUUAGCAUGGGAUUGGAGUUCGCUGAAAUGCACAAUAAAACUACUACAUCAAGCACAAAAGUUCUAGGAAGCGCUAUUAAAUGUGUACAUGGUGGCACUUCUAUACUUUCAACCACUCUGGACACACCAGUUUUGGGGAAGGGCUUCAAAAGUGAUCCUUCAGCGCAUCACAUGUCAGCAUUGGUAAAUAAAAGCAAUAUUGAUAAAGGCAAGCAUACUUCUGAAGUUCACAUGAAAGAUCAGAAUCAACUUGAAGCGCCAGAAGGGGCUGUGAUCUGGAGAGCUGAGAAACUACUGCAACCUAAUACUGAAGCUUCAAGAAAAUUCAAGAAGGCCAAAGAUUUUUAUGAUAGCAACUGUCCAUUGGGUGCUGAAAGAGUGUUGGACAAGAUGACAGCAAGUAAGAGGAUCCUGGACAAUGAUGAAAAGAACAAAGAGAAUAUCUCGGAAGUCUCCAAGAAAAUGAAAGGAAAACAGCCUUCGGAGCAAUCUGACAUAAGUUACAAGGUUCUCAAUUGCUACAAGAAAGGUGAACUGCAUUCCCUUACUGUUGCUGAAAUGAAAUGCUUCCUUGCCAGUAAGAAAAUGAAGGUUGGAGGAAAGAAAGAAGAGCUCAUACAGCGAAUUAAUUUGUUGCUUAAUUAAUUUAGCCAAACUGUUCACUGUUGGGUUCUCAUCAAGAUUUUAUUCAUGCAAGAGGUCUUGGUCAAAGUCUUGGGUCCCUUCAUUUUAAGGCUUCAUGAUGCCCAUGGAUUUGACCCUGCAAAUUCUACAUGAGGUUUGUCGGCAUCUAUCUUGAACUUCGCUUUGCCUUCUAAGAUUCUGUGAGGAUUAGAUCUAAAGACAAUGUGAUUUAACAACACAACACUCAUGACUGCAAUGGCUUUUGAUUUCAGAAAGUUGUUGCAUGUGAAGUGACUGUUUUCUUAUCCAUGACAUGGAAUUUAUUCUUUUGCAUUGUUGUCCAAAAUAGUUUACUCAGCUUUUCGGUCUCCUCAUUCUGAACAUAACUGCAAGAUUCAAUAAAGUUUAAAACC